AUGAAAAUAGUGACAUUCUUUAUGGCUUUAACGGUGUGAUAAUCGGAAUAAAAUCUUGACUUUCCGACAGCUUUGGUUUUACUAGGUGUUGACUGUUAUGUGCAUGUGUGGAUAACACUAAUUGCGGUGUGUUAAACGUUAUCUUUUAAGGAUAGAAGUGAGUAGUUUAGAAUAGAAGGAAUAGCUCCUGCGCAAUUUGAAGAACGAAUAUUAUGUCUAUGGCAGCUUUAAGAGAAGCGGUUAAGGUAGGAGAAAUAACAGAUCAACACCUAAAAGAUAUUCGGGACACUUUCAACCUGCUGGACACAGACCACGAUGGGAAACUGACCAAGUCCGAACUCGCAAAGCUUCUCAGAUACACCGGAAGUCUCAAAUCGGAAGCGGAAAUGGAGGAAAUCCUAGCGCCAAUUGAUACAGACCACAAUGGGUCUAUAGACUACGAUGAGUUUAAGAAAUAUAUCAUUGAAAAGGGCAUAUUGAAAUCGCUCGCUGACGAGGUUUGCUAUGAGAUGCAGGACGCCUUUAAUGUGUUUGAUAGAGACAAGAACGGGUAUAUCGAUAAGGAGGAGUUGAAAAGGGUGCUUACACAAGUUGGGGACAAGAUGCCGGAAGCAUUAGCGGAUGAGUUCAUAAAAGAGGCGGAUUUAAAUGGUGAUGGCAAGAUAGAUUAUGCUGAAUUCUGCAAACACAUGGGCUACUAGACGCAAUGGAGAGAAAUGGAACAUUAACAUAAUAGCAACGGAGGACACCAUGUAUAGAUCAGGCGUUUCAACUUUCCUUACACGUACUACUAAAGUUGCUAAUGUAUAUGUGUGCACAUCAAUAAAAAUUUACUCUGUGUAUGCAAUCUAGUUAACUGCCAAGAAACAUGACAACAAAUCCAAUACCACCAAGUCAUAUGUUUUAUGACGAUAGAAGAUAAUGGAGUGCAACAGAUAAACGAAUAGCGGUGAAACAAGAACAUUACUCUAAGCUUAUAUAAAUAAACAAACAUCCUUGUCCUGUAUGCCUUUAAUGAUUUAGUGCAACUAGCAAUUUCAAUUAGGAAGCGGCUUAAAAAUGAUAGCAAGAAAACUUUAGGUCGUCGAAUACGGUCAACGGUUAAGGGUGUUUCCAUAAGAUACUAGACAGCAACACAAAUAUACCACCGGCUUUGAGGUUGUUUCUACCAGAUGAAGUAGGCCACCCAGUUAUGAAUUAACAAACUUGUAACAUUUAAAAAUGAUUUUUGUAAAUGGGAGUUGUAUGUUGUGCCACACCAAUUAGCUUUGGUUCUAAGGAUGUUGGCGCAAAAGCCAGCGAGUCAGUGAAUUGAUUUGAUUUUUAAUAUAGAGAACUAGUAUGGUUUGAUUUGGGCUUAAGUUUGUUUUUGCAUUGGUUUGUUAUUUGUUUCUGCCAUAAAAUGUAUAUGUAUAUCUGUUAUGCAUUGCAUUUUAAUACAAUAAAAAACAU